AUCUCUUCCUUCCUUUCAUCAUCUCUAUCUUAACUCUCUCCAUUGUUUAAUUUCUUCUGAUCACAAUGUUCAAUUCGGCUGAUCUCUCUCAUCUCUUCAAUGGCCGCCGCCGAUCCACCAUUUCCCUCCUCAAUCUCCUCUCUAUUUCCCUCUUAAUCUUCUCCUUCUUCCAAAUCGGUCUCGUUAAACCCAUCAGUGCUCACAAUCCUCUCUAUAACAACAUUUUCUUACCUUCUCAACUCCAGAACAAUGAGAGAUCAGACGAUAACCUCCAACUGCGUACUUGUACCAAAGUCAAUCCCUCCCUCUACUACCGUCCGGUGAUCGGAAUCCUUUCUCAUCCUGGCGAUGGCGCCUCCGGUAGGUACUCUAAUGCCACCACCGCGUCCUACAUUCCGGCAUCGUACGUGAAGUUCGUCGAAUCCGCGGGCGCUAGAGUUAUUCCUCUUAUCUAUAACGACCCACCUGAGGUUCUGGAAGAGAAAAUGGGUUUGGUGAAUGGAGUGAUCUUCACAGGAGGGAGGGUUAGAGAUGGGUUAUAUUAUUCAGUGGCUGAGAAAAUCUUCCAGCAAAUAUUGAGUAGGAAUGAGGCUGGGGAUUAUGUCCCUUUGUAUGGCAUUUCCUUAGGUUUUCAGAUCAUUAGCGCAAUGGUUAGCCAGAGAAAUGACAUUAUUGAGACAUUCAAUGCCACACGUUUUCCAUCUGCCUUGAAGUUUAACGACUUUGCAAAUAUUAGAGGAACUGUCAUCCAAAGAGUUCCACUCUCCUUACGAAUAAGGACCACUAAAGAUUGCAUUACAUGGGAAAACCAUAAAUAUGGCAUUUCACCUGAAACAUUUGAACAAGAUGAAAGAUUAUCCGACUUUUUUCAAAUCUUGACAACCAGUGUUGACAAGAACAAUAAGGUCUAUGUUUCUACUGCAAAUGCUCGAAACUAUCCGAUAACUAUCUUCCAAUGGAAUCCUGAGAAAAACUCAUAUGAAUGGGGUAUUUCUACAAUCCCACACACAGAAUAUGCCAUUGAAUUGACACACCACGUAGCCCAUCACUUGGUCAGUGAGGCAAGGAGAUCAAUAAACCAACCCCCAGCAGAAAAGGUUCUUGAGAAACUUAUCUACAACUACAGCCCAAUUUAUAAUGGCAAGGCUGGGAAGGGAUAUGAUCAAGUUUAUCUUUUCGAGUAGAUGCAUGGGUUACUGCCUGCAUCCUCUCUUUGUUACCAUUUAGAAUUUCCAUCGAUGUCUUCUUCAGGAGUAGUAAUGUUGGAAUAACUUUAUUAUAUAAAUUUGAAAUAAAAAGAGAAAUGGGAAAUUCCAAACUA